GCCUAGUCCAGUCUUCUCUCAGGAUUAACCAAGCACUGCUUUCAAAUGGGAUGAACGACAUGCAGGCAAGAAUAGCUUUAGAUCUCACAUUUGCUGGGUGCAAAGGAAGGAAGGAGUCGGAUGUUGACAUGUCCACCACCUCCAAACGGCUCUCGGGUUAUCCAUGCACGCACAUUCCAGUGAUGGACUACAACCCAACAAACGCUAACUGUCACCAGCAUUCAUACAGCCGCAUUCCUCUUCAGUGAGACCAACUCCACAGAAUGCUGAGUCCUAUUGUCCCCUAUAGUUUAUUAAAGAUGCACUGGAAUCCAGAGCAUGCCCAUCCCCUCAGCCAGUGGCCGGAACAAUAUCUAGACGUGUCCUCCACCACCUCCUCUGCAGCAAGUGAGUUGGACUCCUACUCCAGUUGCGGCCGCAGAUCCUACAACUACUCUUGGGCCAAUGAUGACAUCUCUGCCCUAACCGCUUCCAAUCUGUUGAAGCACUAUGCCGAGAAGUACUCAGGUGGACUGGACUCAGCACACGAGCGGGCACCUGCUGGUGCCACCUACCAAGAUCCAGGUGUCUUUGGAGGCCUCAAUGGCCAGAAGACUGUACUGGAGCCCUGGCCACUGACACACAGUACUGAUGCCUCCGAUUCUCUCAUGCCCCCUGGAGGGCACGAAACCCUCUCCAUUUCAAAGGCUGUGGCCACGAGCUCUGGUUCUACUGGGAUUAGCAGUCUGUCUUUGGUGAACAGCAACCUAUCAGACUCCAGGUACAGCUGCGGCAGCUCUUGCAGUGACUCCAAUGACUACCCCUCUGCCUAUAACAGCAUUUAUCUCUCAUCUGGAUACUCUCGGCAACCCAGUGAAGCCCUUCCUCCAACUUCCCUUCAUACAAUAACCACUCCCACUCUGGUACCCUGCUAUAUUACAACCAGACCUGUCUACAGCUACCCAUCCACCACAUACCCUACACAGAACAGCCUUGUCCCCAGCUGUAGCUACCCCUCUACAAAAUUCUUGGCCUCAGGUCUGCCAAAGCCCACUCCUGUUUCCCCCAGGCCCUCACUGGUAGGAGGCAGCUACAGUUCCCAGAGCACCAACAUUGGCAGAUUGGUGUCUGGUAUGGAGUUGAAAAGAAAAGUAUUUGAGAUGGCUGUAGAAGAGAAUGAAGUUGGGGACAAAACUUGUUGCAAGAAAUACAGUUAUUAUCCAUUCAAGUUAGGAAGAAACUCACCAUACAGCAUGGGUGACAAAGCAGAGUGUUGCAGAAACAGCUUCAGCAGUUUGGUAGGCAGUACAGAUCCACAAAAUGUUAAACACAGCAAGCCCUCCUAACAGCCACUGGUAUCUCCUCAGUAUGGGCAAGCCCGGGAGUACACUCCUCCUGCUGCCAAGACAGGAGAGCAGGCCUUCACCCGGCAGCAGACUCACAAGCAACACGAGUGCGCUCAGGCCCUGAAACACUUUUCACUGUGUGAUCCCACUGUUGACACUCUGGAGAGUCUGGAUCCCUAUGUGUUGAACCUCAUUAACAAAGAAAUUUUAGACUGCAGCCCAGCCCGAACAUGGGGGGAGUUGGCUGGCCUCACCCAUAUGGCUGCCUUGGAGGAGGACCUACUGUGGCCUCUUUUGAGGCUCAAUCAAGUUAUGCAGCCCCCAAGAAGUAUCCUGCUGUUUGGUCCCCGUGGAGGGGGCAAAACCACCUUGAUACAUUCUCUGGCUUCGCAAAUCGGAGCUUCCCUGUCCCAGUUGAGUGGCACCUUGUUGACCUUGAAAGGGAAGUCUAGGGCAGAACAACUUCUGGGGUCUGUGUUGCAAGUGACUGGAGCACAGCAGCCAUCAAUGGUUCUCCUCAGCCAAGUGGAAACCAUGGAAGAGGAAGGGCUGAGAGAGACACUCCACAACUUCUUGGAGAAGGCUCAGCUGAGCAUAGGUUUGGUCAUUGUUGUGUGUGCCACCAGGAGGCCGGAUCUGCUACAAGAUGCACUGCAUCGUAGUUUCCCCAAGCGUUACUACGUCAGCCUGCCAGAUACGUGUAUGCGCAGGCAAGUGCUGCUGCAAGCACUUUCGUGUCAUGGCUAUAGUCUGAGUGAGCAGGAGCUGAGCGCAGUGCUGCAGCGCACUGAAGGCUACUCUGUUUGGGAACUGCUCCAGCUUGUCCAGCACACUCUUUCCUCUAUAUUAUCCCCUGUUGGAGCCAUCCAUGGCAAAGCCCCCGCCAUCACAGACUUUGAAAAUGCCUUCUGUAAGAUGUGCCCAAACAGCAGGACAAAAGAAUCGGACACUAAGAUACUGAUAGAGUGGGGCAAGAUGUAUAACCCUUGAGGAGUUAACAAGUCACUAUUCUCUGACCCAAUCCUUGAAUGAGAGGUUAUUGUUAUUUUUAAAAUAAAUAUUGUGCAGCCAAACUACGACAAAGGGUCACAAGAUCAAAAAACAAAUGGAGGAACAGAAACAUUACCAACACAAAGACAAAUACCCAUAAACAUAACAAUGGUGAAUGCCAGUACAGAGAUGAAUACUAAGGAGACAUAACGGUGAAUGCCAAUACAGAGGUCAAUACUGAAGAGACAUUUAUAACAAUGGUGUUGAGGAAUAUCUGCUCAGCAAGUGGGUGCAUAACUUAGGGUGUCGCUGGGUUAUACUUUGGGUCAGACAGCUGCCAGGAAGGAGAAUGAUUCGGGCAAGGAUGAUAUAAACAAAUGCAUGAUAAAAUAAUAAAUCUAUCACUUUCAGAAAAGCCCAAAGCAAUAGUGUUUUUCGAAUGUAUCGUUCUUUAAAGUGAAUCCAACAUAAAUAAAGAAUUACAUUUCAUUGCAGUUAUUUUUACUCUCAAAGGGGACAAAUAUCCAUCAAUGAAUCAAUUUUUUAAUCGCCCAUGUCCUCUUUAAAUUUGCGGGGAAACUGGAGUCUACACGACAUGACUUUGCAGGUUGCAGAUAACCCAGAGUGGUUGCCAGCCAAUUGCAGUGCAGAUCAAGACAAACAGGCAUUAACAAUAACAUUCGCAUCCAGGGAAAAUUCUGCCUUAUAUUAACCUAAACUGAUUAUGUGCAAGAGAGGUGGGGUACUCCCUAAACUGUUUGCCAGUUGUAAAGCACAUAUAAACAAACAGCCACUCAGAUUCACACCUAUGGACAAUUUAGAUGUCCAGCUAUCCGUUUUUGUACAAAUUAUCCUCUCUAGGGUAAGCGUGGUGUAGUGUAUCCCGGCUAUCUUCGGGUGAGAGGCGGGUAAAAGCCUGAGCUGAUCGCCACCUAAUGACAAGGGACAUAUAAACAAACAACCAUUUUCACUCACAUUCACACCUGCGGGCAAUUGAAAGUCUUCAAUAAACCUGCUACUCAUGUUUUUGGGAUGUGGUACAAAAUUUGAGGACCUGGAGAAAAUCCACACAGGCACAUGAGAGAACAUGUAAAGUCAACACAAGGAGAGACUGGAUUUUAACCCACGUACUCAGAACAUGCAAACGCAACACAAGGUGAGGCCACAUUUUAACCCAUUUACUCAGAACUGUGAGGGAGAUGUGCUAAUGCAAGGGUCACCAAUGUAGUGCCCACAGGCAUAUUGUUGCCUGUGAGGACCACUAAAGGCGCCCACGAGGCAUGUUCUAAAAACAGCACAGGUCACAAAUUAUUAUCGAUCAAUUUUCUUAGCCGCUUAUCCUCACAAGGGUCGCGGGAGUGCAGAAAACUCACAAAGACACGGGGAUAACAUGCAAAGUCCACACAGGUGGGCCCGGGAUGGAACCCUGGACCUCAGAACUGUGAUGCGAAUGCUUUACAGCUGCGUUGUAUAAUAUAAAAAAAAAAAAAACGUUUUUUUUCUAAUGUAUAUUGAAAUCUGACUCUGCAGUUUGCCGCAAACAGGUCAUGAAGCCCUUCAUAUGGUGCCCUCGAAGAAGCCCUCGGCCUCAAAAAAGUUGGUGACCCCUGUGCUAAUCAAUCGGCCACCAUGCCGCUCAAUUUGGAGCUCUUCAAUAAAAUUAAAUUAAAGUUGAGAAGGAGAACACCCUGGACUAUUUCACACAAUGAAUGGACAAAAUUUUUGGGACACCUCACCAAAUCAAUUAUUAUUAUCACUCUUAACAGCCAAUCACAAACUGGGUAAUAGACACCUCCCUCCACUCCCCUCAAUAAAACAAUUGUCCACCUACAACUACAAUGUUGAGGGAAGAGCUUUAUUUAUUUAUAAGGCAUGUUUGGAUGAGUUUGGUGUGCAGAAACCCAAUAGCCAUGACCUCCCUCUUUGGGAUGAGCUAAAAUCACCGUUUCCUCCAUUUUCAUUGUCAGGUGUCCCAAUACAUUUGUCCAUAUCCUGUCUCUCACAAUGAGAAUUAUUUUCUUCUGUCCUACCCUUUCAUUUUUUUUUCUGUCAAUGUACUCUCAUUAGCCACAAUGCACAGUGGCCAUACAGUGGCUUAUCUUCUCCCCCGGCACCAUAGAAACCUUUGCCUUCGUUGAAAGUGCUAUUCGUUUCAGUCCACCACCCCAGUUCAAGCACACUGACGACCCUGCAUACUGCAGAGAGAACUCAAAGUCAAAAUUGUGAUGAUACACAAAUAUUCAGCAAGACUCUUAAGAAGAGUAGUUUGUCAGUUUUUAUUUUUUAGACUUUGUUUGGACAUGUAAUGUUGUUCUUCUAUAAUUUCUGUAAGAAAUUCUACCUCAUUUUGUGCGGCAUAUUGUACAUGAAUGUAUUUAUUCAAUGUUUUUAUCAGCUCCAUGUGCGUACAGCUGGACAUAGAUAAUUGUCUUGUUUUGUCUUUCUCUCUCUCACUUUAAUAUAACAAAAAGACUUUUAGUCUCAUCUUUAGUAAGGGGUGACAAC